UACCAAGGUUGCUGAAAUAACUAAAAACAAAUUAGUUUCCAGGACUUAACAUUUUCCUUGAAGCCAUGUCCUCUAGCUUGGAAGCUCUUUUCCCCUAAUCGCGGAUACGUGAGCUCUGGUGGUAGUUCUUCAGUGGUGCUGGGAAUGAAGUCUGAACAUGCUCAGAUGCACCUCCUCCUAACACAAGCACCGCACUGCUUUUUUUGGGUGUGUGUGUGUAACUUAACAAGUUUUAGAUUUUGAAGACGGGCAGAGAUAAUCUCUAGAGAAACCUUAUGGUUGCAAAUCCUGUAUUACUUUCUGUAACAUUCUUGAUUUCUACAUUUCAUUAUAUGGUGCAUUAAGCAGAUAUUUGCUGGUCGGUUGGUGUGUUCUUCGGGAGAUCUAUCUCACACUGAAACAAUGGCAGGAGUGGAUGGAUAUCAAGGCUACCCAUAGACCCUGGCAGGAUGGUUGGUUAUGACCCGGAUUCCGAGUGCUCGUCUCUUUCAACCAUAGAAAUAGCAGCAGCAGGAUCUGCAUCUGGGUUUGUCACUCGGUCAAUGAUCAGCCCCUUUGAUGUCCUAAAGAUCCGUUUUCAGCUUCAGAUAGAGACAUUUUCUCCCAGAAACCCACAGGCUAAGUAUCAUGGUAUCUGGCAGGCCAUUUGCAAGAUUUUCCAGGAGGAAGGGCCAUCAGCUUUCUGGAAGGGCCAUGUUCCAGCUCAACUCCUCUCAGUCACUUUUGGGGCUGUUCAGUUCGUCAGCUUUGAAUUUCUGACGAAGUUGGUGCACCACGGCACAACGUACCACGCCCGUGACUUCACAGUGCACUUUCUUUGUGGUGGGCUGUCUGCUUGUGCUGCCACUGUGACGGUUCAACCCCUUGACACGCUGCGUACCCGCUUGGCUGCCCAAGGUGAACCAAAGAUUUACAGGAACCUUCGCCAUGCUAUAGUAAGUGUGUACCAGAAAGAAGGGCUGCUGAGUUUUUAUAAGGGGCUCACCCCUACCAUCAUUGCCAUUGUCCCCUAUGCUGGCUUCCAGUUUUCAUUCUAUAGUUUCCUGAAGAAAGUGUAUGACUGGAUCAUUCCAAGUGAAGAAAUGAAAACAGGUAAUGUUAAAAACUUUGUGUGCGGCAGCUGUGCUGGAGUCCUCAGCAAGACCUUCACUUAUCCUUUUGACUUGUUCAAGAAAAGGCUGCAGGUGGCUGGCUUUGAGGAAGCCAGGGCAGCAUUUGGGCAGGUGCGGACGUACAGCGGCCUAGUAGACUGUGCCCAACAGAUUGCACGGGAGGAGGGAGCCAAGGGUUUCUUCAAGGGCCUCUCCCCAAGCUUGCUGAAGGCUGCCUUUGCAACGGGCUUCACCUUUUUCUGGUAUGAGCUCUUCUGUAGCUUCCUGCAUACCCUGAAGGACUCCAGUGGGUCAAAAAAGCAGGAAGGCUGAUGUGAGCAAGAGGUGCUCUCUGCAGUGACUGUUGCAGAAACGUGAUUCUGUCAGUCAUGUAAUUGUAUUUGGGGGGUGGGGUAUGUGUGGAGGGCUUUGCAGAGUGGGGGUAGUUGUCUCUUUGCCAAAGCCCAGAAAGCGCCUUACUGCUAUGUUAGGCCUAAACAAAAGGAGCUGGCCUUCUGCAGUUUCUGUCAAGGGCAUUACAGGCCUGCCCUCUCUGCCUACAGCUGCAAUACUGCACACUUCCUGUCAUGCCUCCCAUGGAGCUGGCAUUAACUCUGGGAGGCGGUCUACCAGUAUCACUAUUGAAGCCCUCCCACUUUAGCUAGGUUUCCUCAAAUAAUGGGGCAUGUUCUUGCCCUACUGGCAAAUCUCUUUCUGUUUUUCCAUCCUCUCAUGAUUCAGGUUGCUUUAAAUCAACCCCUAGCUGAAUUGCGCACAUCCUCUUAAACUCUCUCGGGACACAGGCUGCCCCCAGGUGCCCCUGCAGUUGACUUAGUCACCAGACAGGUUUCUCCAUCAUUGCCAUUUUGCAGUGUUUAUGGUAAACCAGAGCUAUGGCAAACGUUGCUACAGGCAUUCUCUUUGUAGUGUUGAUGGGGUAGCUGUUGGCUACAUGGAUGCUUCAGCACAGGAAGCAAAACUGCCAAUACAGUCUGGUUCAUUAGGACCAGUGAGAAACUGCCCCACCGACCUCAGUCUGCCCUCAGCCAGCCCACACCUGCUUGCCUUCUUGCUUACAACCAGUUCGGGGGGUGGCACUGCCUUGUCAGCUUCUUCCUCCUUAGUCUCGGUGUUGCCACUGGCAACUCAGCAGGGAGGAGGAGGAUGGGGACAAAACUAGAAUUAGUUGGCUCUGCCUGUCACUGGUUCUGGCUCCGCCUACUGUUGGGCCUCUCUGCCUUCUGCCCUACCAGUCCUAAUGGGCACCAGCCAGCAUUGGAACUGCUGCAGCCUGUCAUCAGUCCCUGACUGUCUUUGCCUCUUGCGAGAAGUCUUAGAGGCCAUCAUGAUAAUGUCAAAGUGCUUUAUCAGUGAUGGAACAAAAUGCAUAAAAAUAAAAAAGUAACAUAGUCCAAACCAAGGGAGGCCUGCAGAGUUGUCUCAAGGAACAUCCAGCUGGCAAUUCUGAAGAAGAGUGGAUGUGCAUCCACUGCCGACCAGUCUUCUGUGCCAGCAGUUCUAUUGGUGCUAGUGUUUCCCAUAUAUGCACAUAUUUUUAUCACCCACCCAAACUGCUGAUGUGGCCAGUAUAGUUUUGCAGUGAGCCCACAAACAAGGUACCAAUUUUUUUCUUUUUUGCAGACCUGACUCCUGCACUUUUACUUUAAUGCACAAGUGCUGAACCUAAAAAUGUGGGAAGUUGCCUUCUGGACAUAACCUAAGUCUUUUAGUUUAGAACAAUAAUGAAGAAAAUGCCUGGUGACACUAAUAUUAGCCAAUUUUUAUUGUGUGUUUGAUCAAUAUUUUCAUGACUGCUCUAAAAUAAAUUUUAUCUCCUAGCAGAUCAUCUCAAGCACAGGUUUUUAGCACAAGUAAAAUAGCUACUUUCUAGCAGGCUACCCCAAUCUAAUAUUUAGCAAACAAAGAGCUAAACUAAACUGGACCAUUUGUCUGGUUGAACUUGCCUAGUCUUAUAAAUGAAGAGACUGGCAAGGAAACCCAACGUGGAAACAGGUCCGUGCAAUUCUAUACAUGUAAACUUGGAAGUAGGUCCCACUAUGUUCAGUGGGAUUUGCUCCAGGUAACUGUAUUUAGGACUACAGCCUUAGAGUACAUCCAGAGUACUGGGAUGUUGAAGAUUGGUGCUGUACUCUUGAAGGAGAGAAUCCAUUUGCUGAUCUGUUGGUAAUUUUAUUGGUCUGCUGGUGGCUGCUCUGUAUUCUUCAUUAAAUAUAUAGUAGCAUUUAGGCAUAUUGAUUUGCUUUAAAGCUCUAUUUUUAUAAACUGAAUGUACUAAUUCAUUUUGCUUGCUGUGAAAGGAUACAGGGUCAGGGGCAAGAAGCGUUUUUGUUUGUUUUAGUUUAGGCACCUGUCUGUAACAAGACACUGUAACAGGGCUGGCUAACAUGUGGUCCUUCAGAUAUUGUCAUCCCUGACUAUCAGCUAUGCUGACCGAAGCUGAUGGGAGUUUGAGUCUGGCAGCAUCUGGAGGAUCAUAGGUUAGCCACCCUGUGCUACAGUAUAAGCGGAACGGGCACUACAGAAGCCUGCCUCAGCAGUUUGGGAAAGGGAGAGAAAAAUGUCCCUGCAGCCUCACAAAUUAGGAGCUGGCUAGACUGGGGUCUGAUGCAAACCACCCGGCCCUUGUGUCAGGUAGACUUUCCAUCCUGUCAUCUCCUCUCACAAUGGGGGCCUCUCAUGUUCAUCCACGCCGCCAACUUAAAGAAGACAGUGGAUGAAAAUGUGCUCAUGUUCCUAUCUGCUGAGGUGCAAGAUAGAUGUAAGCAAGACAAAGAUUUAAAAAUAAAGAGUGUUUAUUUUCACUGGCAUAUUAAACAAACUCUCAUACAAUCUUCAGAGCUAACAGGAUGGAUCAGUAAAGCUGUUUUUGUAUCGCUUAGGAGGACAGAAGUUAGAAAUGGGAAUGGUUGUUUCAGUCACCUACUUUUUGGCUACUAGAAGGGAUUCUUUCUCAUUAUUUCUGUUGUUUAUUUUUCAUUUAUUUCCAGCAACUGUUUGUUAGAGAGUUUGGCUGUACAACCUUUGAGUUACAUUCACCAAGAACAAAGGUUGUUUUUACUUCCUGAAAUGUUUACAUUGGGCAGGCUGAUUCUGUCACUAGCUGCCCAUGCACCCUUUUGCUAUCAAAGAUCUGGGCUGGCAAGUUGACUCAAGCUCCUUUGUAACACUCGCUCAGGGAGGAACAAGUUGUUAUAGGUCAAAUAAGGGGAUUGGGAACACAUAAUGGUAAUGUGGGAAGUAGCAUUUGCAGAGGAGUGUCAGAGGGUGGAAGAUGUUUAACCCUUCUGCCUCCCUGCUGAUUCUCCCCCCCCCCAGAAGCUUUUUUUCAUUUCUCUCCCACCUCCAGGCAAGCUCUGAGAUUGGAAAUAACACUCACAGAAAUAUUUGCCUAAUGGGAGAAGUUGCAUGGGAGAGAAUUGGUGGAGGGAAGGUGAGCCACCACCAGCACUGCUCACUGGUUGUCCCAUGCAGCUGUUACCCCCCCCCCCCGCCUCAUACAUUGCCUUGUCAACAUGCAGUAUCAUGCAGUUUUGCUUCAGUGUGGCUUUGGAUGCUAAUGAAGAAGCCAGCCAAAAAUCACAGUUACUUUUGCCUUCAGAUGGUGUCAUUUCUUGUAAUGUUAAGGGGAACUUGCACAUUUCCCCCCAUAUUCAAAUGCUUAGGCUUCUGAAUAUGGAGAUGCAUGCAUAUUCCCAUGCUCUGUGGUCAGAUGCGCCAGCUGCCUUUGCAUCAAAGAUUUGCACAACUGACCAUAGGGUACUUCAGUAAUAUCCAAAAACACUGUUAUAGUUCUGAUGUGGCAAAAGCAAUCUCAGUAAGGAGGUUCUGAAGGGCCAUUUGGUUCAGUGGCCAAUGUGUAUCUCUAGGGCAGCCUUUCCCAACCAGUGUGCUUCCAGAUGUUGUUGGACCACAAUUCCCAUCCCUCCUGACCAUUGGCAAUGCUGGCUGAUGGGUGUUGUGGGCCAACAACAUCUGGAGGCACACUGGUUGGGAAAGGCUGCUCUAGGGUUCAUGAAUAUGAGGGUUCUAUCCUGAAGUAAUCCUGUGUCCUGCAGCUCAUCCUCCAAACCACUUGAUGAUAUAGGCUAAUUUUAAUCUUGUGCCUUAUCCCACCACCAUUUUAAUAUGCACUUUACUAUGCUGAGCCCUAAAGUCCAGCCGUUUAUUGAUGCCAUAGCCUCAAGAGCUCAGCUCCCCCUCAAAAAAGGAAAAUAAGUUGAAAGCUGGAGACAUGGGCACCUGUCCUGUUAAGAAUUCUGCUUGAAGUAUCUCUAAUGCAUGCAGAGACAGUAUGUUGACUUCCAAUAGAUGAUAUGGGGCGAUAUUCAGCUACAAGGUUGUGAUACCACAAUGGGAUUUUCCCCCUCUCCUCCCUGUGCAGGAUUGGACUAUCCCCAAAUCUUCUCUGGAGGGAUGGGAAAACCCCAGAAUAUAUUUAGAGGGCACACGGGGGCAAGGAAGAGAUGGAAGAUCAUUCCAUUGCACAAGGAGAAAUCCUUGAGCUGACAGAACAAGCCGCUUAACGCUAUGUUGAAUACAACCCACGAUCUUGAGUUGCAAAUCUAGGAUUGUACAUCUCAGAAUGCUUGCGGACUGAGCUCUGUGUUUGUGCAUGCAGGUGCACAAGACACAAAUGUUUCAGGAUCAAUUAUUGAGAAGUGUUUUUCCCCCCAACUCCUGUUGUUACAUCAAAACUUAAUAUAUUACAUUUGUAUUAUUCAUAUAUAUUUUUUCAAGAUCAGGACUAUUAGGAUUUGGAUCAGCCUCAGUUUUUCAUCCUGUAUGGAGCAUGUGCUGCUCUUUGAAGAAAGAUAAUAAAUAUA